CUACUGUUAUAUUGUGACGUAACAGAAGGGGUGGGGUUGACAUAUUGUUUAGAAUCCUGAAUCUUGCAGAAUACUCUCGAAGUUUCUGCAUGUCUACAUAAUGAGUGGCUGUGAGGGAGGUCCUCAUAAACUGGGCAUCGUAAAUGUUAGUUCAGUUACUCUGUGUCAUACAGCUCCUGGGCGCACCAGCUCUUCGGCAGUCGCAAGUGCAAUUUACUUAAAUUAAGUUUAUAUAUAUAUAUAUAUCAUUGCUCAAAACUAACGUUUCACCUUAGGUCGAAUCAACGCGCGCACAAAAGUGCACGGUGCGGAGCGAACGUUGCCGUCGUCGAACUUGACAGCAAGUUAAUUUAGCUAACUAGCUAACACACUUUGUAUCUAUCUGUGGUGAUUGGCUCGCUGAAGUGAAGCCCGAUGGUGAAAAUGGGUAAAGACUACUAUACCGUUUUGGGAAUACAGAAAGGGGCGUCCGACGAUGAGAUCAAGAAGGCUUAUCGCAAGCAAGCGCUGCGCUAUCAUCCGGACAAAAACAAGUCGCCAGACGCUGAGGAGAAAUUCAAAGAAAUCGCUGAGGCAUACGAUGUACUUAGCGACCCAAAGAAGAAAGACAUCUACGACAAAUAUGGGGAAGACGGUCUGAAGGGUGGCGUCCCUGGUGGUGGAGGGAUGGGCGGCAUGGGCCCCAACUUCUCCUACACCUUCCAGGGCGACCCGCACGCCAUGUUUUCCGAGUUCUUCGGCGGCCGCAGCGCCUUCGACGUCCUCUUUGGCGGCGCCGGCCGCAACAGCGGCAUCGAGGACAUGGACACGGACGACCCGUUCGCCAACUUCGCCAACAUGGCCGGCGGCAUGCCCGGCAUGUCCUUCUCCACGGGCAGAAUGGGCGGUGGCAGUGGCAUGGGCUCUCGCUCUGGCCAGCGUAAGAAGGACCCGCCGGUGGUCCACGAGCUGCGCGUGAGUCUGGACGAGGUGAUGACCGGCUGCACCAAGAAGAUGAAGAUCUCGCGCAAGCGGCUGAACCCCGACGGGCGCACAACGCGCCCCGAGGACAAGGUGCUGGUGGUGGACAUCAAGAAAGGCUGGAAGGAGGGCACCAAGAUCACCUUCCCCGGCGAGGGCGACGAGACGCCCAGCAACAUCCCCGCUGAUGUCGUCUUCGUCGUCAAGGACAAGCCGCACGCCGUCUUCCGCCGCGACGGGUCCGACAUCGUCUACCCGGCCAAGAUCACACUCAGGGAGGCUCUCUGCGGUUGCACGGUAAACGCGCCGACGCUGGACGGACGCACGGUCACCGUGGCGAUGCAGGAUGCGGUGGUGCACCCCGGCAUGAAGCGGCGCAUGACGGGCGAGGGCCUCCCCCUGCCCAAGCACCCUGAGCGUCGCGGCGACCUCGUGGUCGAGUUCGAGGUCAAGUUCCCCGAGAGGCUGAGCCAGAGCGCCCGCGACACCAUCGCCCAGGUGCUGCCUGCGUCGUGAACCACCCCCUUUCUUGACCCCCCCACUUCGCUUCAUUGCCCGCAAACAAAGCACCAAGAUGGAGAUUGGGAAGGCUGCAUGCCAACCAAUCAGCCCCAUCACAGGAUUGACAGGACAAGCUAGAUUAUUAUUUUUAUUGUUGCUGUUGUUGACACAAAGGAUGGACUCAAAGGCCACAUAUAUUUAUUUUGAUAUAAAUAAGUAUGGGAAUAUAUUUGACUCUUAUCAAACUGACAUCCUGUGUCUAGGGCUUGUGUUUACAAGGAAGCUGUUCAUUCUGCAACAGCUGAUUAAGGACCCUGAGAUAUGCUGCCUCCAUGUGGUCACUGCCAGUAUUGCACCAGUGAAACACAGUAGAUCAGUCAUUCUGUACUUCUUUGUUUUUACAUUUUUUUUGUAUGUUUUCUGUUCUGCUGUUUAUAUUUGCUUUUUUUUUAUAAAAAAAAGAAGAGAAAAAAGUAAUUAUAAUUUCUAAAUCUCUUUAUGGAAUUGCUUGCACUUGAAACUGUGGCGUUAGCUGCUACGUAUUGUAGCGUUAUACUUUAGCGGCCUUGCAGUCAAAGAGCGGCCCUAGUCAGUGGAGAGAAGAAGCAAAUGUGUGUGUGUCGUCUGUGGCGCUGGUCUCCAUGGUGAUGUGGCACACAGUCUCAGGCUACAUGUUGCUCAACCCCAACGGUUUACCAAUGAAAUGUCUCUGAUUUACAGCCAGGGAUUCCAAAGUUGAAACCUUGUGUUGAGGUAGUUGGUUGUGUGUGUGAGGGGUGUGUCUGUGUGUGUGUGUGUGUGUGUGUGUGUGUGUGUGUGUUUAACCUUAAGCAAAAGAGAGUACCUCUUGAAAUACUAAGUGAGCUAGCAUCUUCGGGAAUACAUGCUAUCUGAACACUUGGAACUACGCACUCUAUUACUGCAUAAAAUAUGGACCUGAUGAAAGGGUUUUUUUGAAAAACUUUUAAAGAGUCGUCUUUUAUGUAUAUCUGUAAAUGAAAAGCUAAAUUUAAAUAAAAUCGUUUUUGUUCACAAAACAAAA